GCGGCGCCGCUGGCCUCGGGGGCCUCUCCGCCGGGCGCUGUCCGCCUCGCCGCGCGUCUCCCUCCUCCGCGUUUUACGUCUGUCACUGCCUGGGGAAGAGCAGAAGCGCCCCCGGUUCCCGCGCAGCCGGGCCCAGGUUGGCACCGCGCCGUCGGCUCGGCCGAGCCCCUGCCCCAGCGCCGAUCGGGGCGCCGCGCUUGGUCACACCCGGAGCGCGUUUGCUCUGCGUUGUGGGACCUGGGGCUUUUCUAAAGAGCUCGCAGCUUGAAAUGCAGCCGCAAUGUGGAGCCCCGGAUGGAGGCCUCAGAGGGGAGGUUCCUGGGCGAGAGGCAUCAGGAAAGUCCCCGAACGGCACCAGAAAUGAAGCUACCCAAACAGAAAAUGAAGACAAUUCUGGAGAAACAGUGUCAGAACUGCAAGUACAACUAGAAGGUGCAGAGAAAGAAUCUGAAGAGAAGAUUAUUGAACAUGUAAUUAAUCAAAAGCAGCCUAAAGACAUUUUGAACAAGUAUAGCACUGGAGACACCUUAAGAGUGCAAAAUGAUGUUAAAACUGAAGAGAAAGCUGUCAGCUGUAUGUCCAGAACAAAUCAACAGAAUGAACAAAAACCAGAUGGUAAUCACAAAUCAGUAACCAGCUCAUUCAAUCAAAAGACAGAAGAAAAUGAGGGCUGCGUAAGAAUGACAAAAAAGAUCCUGCGAGACAUCUGUAAGCAGCAGAAAUUAUACUUGACCCCAUCCUUAAAUGAUACGCUUUACUUACAUUAUAAAGGGUUUGACCGCCUGGAAAAUCUUGAAGAAUAUACAGGAUUGAAGUGUUUAUGGCUGGAAUGCAAUGGCUUAACAAAAAUUGAGAAUUUGGAGGCUCUGACAGAGUUGCGUUGCCUCUACUUGCAACUCAAUUUAAUUAAUAGAAUUGAAAACCUUGAAGCCUUACAAAAGCUGGAUUCCCUCAAUAUCAGUAACAACUAUAUCAAGACCAUUGAGAAUCUCUCUUGUCUGAAAGUCCUGCACACUCUGCAGAUUGCUCACAAUAAAUUACAAACAGUGGAAGACAUACAGCACUUGCGAGAAUGCCCAAGUAUUUGUGUUCUCGAUCUUUCCCACAACCACCUAGAUGAUCCAAAUACUAUACCUAUUCUGGAGGCCAUGCCUAAUUUGUGUGUGCUUAAUUUGAUGGGAAACCAAGUGAUAAAGAAAAUUACUAAUUAUAGAAAAACACUUACUGUUCGACUAAAACAGCUAACAUACUUGGAUGACAGACCAGUUUUCCCAAAGGAUAGAGCCUGUGCAGAAGCCUGGGCCAUUGGAGGGCUUGAAGCUGAGAAAGCAGAAAGGGAAAAAUGGGAAACCAGAGAGAGAAAAAAAAUCCAAGAUAGUGUCAAUGCUUUAGCAGGAAUCAGGAGAAAAGCAGAGGAAAAGAAAAGACGAAAGUAUAUGGAAGAAAGAGAUGCAAGUGCGAAGUGUGAAAACAGAGAUGUAACAGAGACCCUAGAAGGAGCAUCUGCAAAUUCAGAUGACAGUGAUGGAAAUUCUAAUACAUCAGAGAUAUCAGAUCUAUCAGAUGAGGCAGAAACUCAAGAGAAGACUGAGAAAUCUGUAAAUGAAAGUUUUGAUGCUUGUGAUGAAGCAAUAACACUGCUAUCAGAUAGAGAAGAUCACACAGAUUUCCCCCCUGGAAAUAUUCCUGCUAAAAUUCAAGAAGAUGCACAAGAAUCAAAUUCGUACAAAUGCUCAAACUUCAACAGGAAGACAGUCGAUUUACCAGGAGAGAAGAUGGCUCCUGAAAGGGCCAUGGUUCCCGAAGUGGAUGAAUAUGCCGAAAAAGAACAAAUCAAACUGGAGACACCAGAGAAACUUUAUCUUGAUGAAUUGCCUGAUUUAGAAGAUAUAGAUGUAAAUGCUCCAGAAGAGAAAAGCUUUGUUCAAAAGCAAGAAUAUCACCCAAAGAUUGAAAUAAUUUCUGAAACAACAGAUGAGAGUGAUUCUGCAGUAGAGGAAAAUGGUAAAAGCACAUUUGGGAAUUCAGUAGGAGAAGAGGUUCCAACAGCAAUUUUUUCAAACCUGCGUAAGAUACAUCAAGACCGUGAAAAGGACAUCUUAAGACCCAUCGUUGAAGACCUGUUUACAGAGCCUUCUAAUUCAGAAAGGGACUUGGAGACCAAAGAUAAACAAGAAAACGUGUUGAAACCUUUGAUACAAGAGAUUAUCACUGAACCUAAGGAUAGUCUACUAUUGUCGUCAGUCUUCGAUCAGCCAGAUGAUAAAAGCCCAUGGGAAGAGGACAGUAAUAUUACAGUUUCUUGCCCUGGGAAUAGCAGUGAUGGAGAAGUACAGUGCCUGGCUGAAAGUGGAAGCUGCCCUUGUGAACCUCAAGAUGACAAGGACAGUGAGUGUGGAUUUGAUUAAUCGCUUUGGAAAAAACAGACCACGUUUGGAAUACAGUGCCUGGCUGCAUACAGUUAUUCUCAAAUUCCAAAUUUAGGAAGGGAUUCAUUAGUUAAAACUGACAUAACACUUCUUAUGAUAUAAAAGAAGACUGCCUUUAACAUGAGGACUGUUAGGAUUUCAGUUAGACAUAGGCUGAUGCAGCCUCCGGCAUAUGACCUUCAAGGCAGAACUUCUGGUCUUGUCAGCAUGAAAGUUCAUAAUCCUACAUAACCUACAGGUAACAAGUGCCUUGCACUCUUACUUUCAAAGGUGCUAAAAAUCCCUAGGUUCCAAGCUCUUUAAGGCAGUUGGGAAUGUUCGCUACCUUUGAAAAUUGGGGUACUACUGUUUUAAGAUUAAAUUCCACUCUCUGUUAUGUGAUUUCUUUUUCCUUGCAUCCUUAUAGAAAUGACUUAAACGUUUCUAUCUUCUCAUUUCAUUACUGACAUAGUUUCGAUGCAUAGUGUUACCUAUUCUUUGCUGUUACCUGAACUAAAUAAAGAUUCUGUUUAUAACCUGA